AUGCAAACAAUAAAGGAGGAGAAAAUUGUGUUGAUUGAAGAUGAUAUUUCUGCUGCUGCUGUUGCUGGUGGAGGAGCUUUUCUUGAGGAAGAAAAGGCAUUGAAAGUUUUGGCAGUUCAGGAAGAACCACCAAUGAAAUUGCUUGAUAAUGACUGUGGAAAUGGGAGUGGUGGUGGUGGUGGUGGUUUUGCUGGUUUCAAGAAGAUUGGUUUAGACACAUGGGAAUUUGCAAAUGAAGGGUUUCAAGGAGGCAAAAAACAUUUGUUGAAAACCAUCAAGAGGAGAAAACGAAAUCCCCAAAACUUGCAACAAGAAGGAACCAUGAAGCUUUGCUCUGAUUCACCACAACUCGGCGUCGAAACUGAGCUAGAGAAACUCAGGAAUGAUUGGAACAAAAUAAAAAUGGAAAUCCAAAAAUUGAAAAAACAACAAGAGAUCACAGAGAGCUGUUUGGUUGCUGUGAAUGAGAAGAUAGAAAACAUAACCAAAUGUAGGCAACAACAAAUAUAUGCUUUCAUAGCCAAAGCAUUAGCCAACCCUGCAAUGAACAAAUUUAUCAAUCUUCUGAGGCAGAAAAGAGAGAUCUUCAAUGCCCAAAUUGCAAAGAAACAGAGACUGGCGAGCCCACAACGACGCAACGAAGCCAUGGAUAGUAAUGGGAGGGAGCAAAAUGAGGAGUUGACAAGAAUUGAAUCAGAAGUGGAAAAAACACUGAAAAGAGAGCUUUGCAAUGGCCAAAUUGAGAAGAAACAGACAUUGGGGAGCCCACAGCGCGAAAACAACUCGGUGGAAGCCAUGGAUAAUGAUCGGGAGGAGUUGGCAAUAAUUAAAUCAGAAGAGAAAACACUGUUUCAUGCUUCAAUGGAUGGUGAGGGAAGUACUAGUCUGGUUCAAAAGGCUUCCAACGUUGUGAAUCCUGGAUCGGUUAGUCUGGAUUUGAACUUGGAGAAUUAUACUUUCUUGCAGAAAUUGAUGGAAGAUGAAUUUGAAGCUCAAGAUGAGGCAGAGUUGAAGCAAUACCAUUCUAAGAUUGUUCUUGAAUGGGAGAAUUUGAUUGCGAAGCCACUGGUUGAAGAAGUGGAAGUGGAUUGUGUUGAAUCAUCCAAGCAUUGA